AAUGCCGGGAGAAAGUGCGGCAAGCGUCCCCCUCAGCUAUGGGGGCCUGAAGACGAGCAUCGCAACGAGUGCAGGGAGGGGUACAACAUCCAAUCGAACCCAAAAUCCUUGGAUUGGUUUGAAUAACCCGGCAAAAUUAACAGUGAGCUGUGAUCCCAGCCCAACCCUAAUGGAGUAUUAAAAAACAGAGCCCUUUUAAGCUAAACACACUCUGCCUCUCUGUUUGCUUCGGCACAGCUAUGGCACAAGUAGCAGGUAUGUUUACUGUGCCACAGACCAUCGGCAGCGUUUUAUGCUGCCGAUGCGGCAUUUUGAUGCAUCCGAACGCUGCGAAUAUGUGCGCCAACUGCCUGCGCUCUGAGAUCGACAUAACGGAAGGCCUUCAGAAGCACGUUAUCAUCGUUUUCUGCCCCGGCUGUAACUCCUUUAUGCAGCCUCCGAGGACCUGGAUAAAGGCAGAGCUCGAGUCGAAGGAGCUGCUGACCUUCUGUGUCAAGAGGCUGAAGAAUCUGAACACUGUUCGGAUGGUGCACGCGGAGUUCGUUUGGACAGAGCCUCAUUCCAAGAGGAUCAAGAUCAAGUUGAGAGUCCAGAAAGAGGUUCUUCACGGAGCAAUACUCGAGCAAGCUUACACCGUGGAGUAUGUUGUGCAAGAUCAGCUGUGUGAGUCUUGUGCGAGGGUGCAGGCUAAUCCCGAUCAGUGGGUUGCUUCUGUGCAGCUGCGACAGCAUGUUUCGCACAGGCGCACGUUUUUCUACCUGGAGCAGCUUAUCCUUAAGCACGACGCUGCGAAAGAUGCCAUCAGAAUCACGCAGAUGGAUCAGGGUAUUGAUUUCUUCUUUGGUAAGCGGAGCCAUGGUGUCAAGUUUGUCGAGUUUGUUGGUAAAGUAGCACCGACUAGGAGCCGUACGGAUAAGCAGCUCGUGUCGAAAGACUCGCACACAGAUCAAUGCAAUUACAAGUACACUUUCUCGGUGGAAAUCAGUCCUAUUUGUCGCGAAGAUCUGAUAUGUCUUCCGCCUAAACUCUCUGUCAGUUUGGGGAAUCUCGGACCGCUGGUGAUAUGCACUAAGGUAACGAACAGCAUAGCUCUAUUAGAUCCACGGACCCUUCGCCAGUGUUUCCUCGACGCUGAGCAGUAUUGGAGAUCAUCUUUUAAUGCCUUGUUGUCGAGCAGAGAGCUUACAGAGUACGUGAUCAUAGAUAUGGAGGAGGUUCGGAACGUUGGUGGGUCGAAUUGUGUUUUGGCCGAUGCACAUGUAGUGCGCGUAUCGGAUUUGGGGAGGAACGACCGCCACUUCAUCGUGAGAACACAUUUAGGGCAUGUCUUGAGAUGUGGGGACUACGCUCUCGGUUACGACCUGUACAGUGCCAAUAGUAACGAUUUCGAAUUGGACAAAUACAGAGGUGUGAUCCCCGACGUGAUACUGAUCAAAAAGAGCUAUGAAGAGACGCGACGGGAGAGGCAGCGCAAGUCUCGUUCGUGGAAGCUCAAGUCUCUUAACAUGGAGGUCGAUAAUGGUAGGGAACACGAGGAGAAGAUGAACACCGAGUACGAACAGUUCUUGAGAGAUCUGGAGGAGAAUCCUGAUUUGAGAUUCAAUCUGUCCCUGUACCGCGAUAAAGAAUACGAGCCAUCAAUGGCUUCCGUGGCUGAUGACGAGGACGUUCCUUCCGUUCCAUUGGACGAGCUGCUUGCAGAUCUUGAUCUAGGUGAUGAGGAAUCCGAGGAGGAUGAAAUGAUGGAAUGAGUUGGAAUUCGGAAUCGCUGCUCGACUCCUCAGGUAUUCUAUUUUUUGACAUGUUUUUGCAAGUUUAUACUGUAUUUAACCAUUUAUCCUGCUGUUAUAGGCAAUCAACAAUUUUGUUCAAUUCUGCGGUUAGAGAAUUUACAGUUUGAAAAUUGAAACAUAGUUUAUUUCAAUUAUGAAUUUAUAUGCUAAAGUGUGUUUAAGGGUGAGGAUUUAUUAUUA